AGAUUCAACCACGCAGCGAGGCUUGUUGCACCAUUUUAUUUUCAACAUAAACAUAUAACGUAAUGUUCAUGUAUGUAUCAGUGGCCCGGCGUUAAAAUCAUAAUACAGAUACGGACGGCAGUUUUUACAGGAUUUCUAACUACCAUCGAGGGAAAAUAAACGUACUUUGUUUCAGUGACCAGAAACUGUGUCAAAAAACAGCGUGGAAAAAUGGACAGUGGAGUGACAGUAAUUACCAAACCUACUGUGAAUGUGCGCCUCACCAGCACCAUCUCCUCCUUUGAGGUGCAGCGCAGGUUCAACAGAGGGAUUACCAUCGCAGAUCUGAAGGGGAAACUGGAGAUGGUUAUGGGUGCAUCUCCCUCCGUCAUGGACCUGGAGUUGUUCGGCGUAAAUGACAAGUUCCUGCAGAAGAUGGAUGACAAUGAAGCUUUGCUGGGUUCAUAUCCUGUGGACGAUGACUGCAGAAUACAUGUUAUUGAUCGAAGUGGAGGCCAGAUGGGGGAGUUUACUGAUGUUUCCAAAGUGGAGAAAUUUGAACUCUCAGAUGAUGCUUAUGAAAAGAAAACAGAUACAGCAAGGUCAUUCAUGAAGAAACAUCGUGUCGGUCGCUUCAACGAAGAAGAAAUGGCCAAGAAGAAAGCUGAUGCUGCUGCUCGGGAGGAGGAACAGAAGGUUGCUGCUGAUGCCAUUUCGGUUGGCAACCGAUGUCAAGUGCAGGUUGCUGGGCAGCCCACAAAGGUUGGCACAGUCAUGUAUGUUGGUACAGCAGAUUUCAAGCCAGGCUAUUGGGUGGGUGUGAAGUACGAUGAGCCGAUGGGAAAACACGAUGGCAGUGUUGACGGGAAGCGAUAUUUUGAAUGUGAGAACAAAUAUGGUGCAUUUGUGAAGCCCCUGAAUGUGGUUGUGGGAGACUUCCCUGAGGAGGAUUAUGGUUUAGAUGAGAUGUAAGACUUUUACGUCUCCCUGUCAAAGAGGUAGAGUUUUUCUGCCCUGAAAUUUGAGUGUCCACCUCAAGCUGUUAUCCUUUCACCAAACAGAGAUGAUGAAAAGUCAUUGUCAGCUUAACAAAUGAUUAUUAUUUUGUUUUGUUUUGUGCUACUCUGGAAGGCAUGAUCCAAAGAGUGGUGGCUGAAGGUCUUCCCUCUCAGUAAGGCCAAGGCAACAUGAAAGAGAUGACUGUCAGAUAGUACAUCUCUUGGUGUAUAAUAAUAAUAAUACAGGAUAACCACGAAAGGGGAGCUUAAUCCAGCAAAGUUUAAUAAAGGAGAGAUUUUUUUUGUUGCGUCUAGACAGCAUCUAGACAGCAUCGUGGAGGCUAACGUGUGGCCCUCCACUUAACGCACUUCAGUUCAAUUCAAUUAACUUGCUUUAGUUGUACUAGUUGCUCCUAAGCUUUCUCAAGGUGGGUCAGUUUAAAUAUCAGCCUCCUUUCUCCUCAUUUAGUUUAUAUCAGUAUGUACAAAGAUGAUUGUAUAUAACUAUUUAUAGUUAGCACUAGUUUUAGCAUUUUUUGAAGACUGUAAAUUGCUGAGAGUGAUCCCAGGAUUAGACAACUGUAGACUGAGGGAAAGAUACCCCCUAAAAUACUUUGACACUAAAAUUAUAAUCAAAAUCAAAGUGGUAAUUUACCUUCUGUAUCUGGCUAACAUGGCGUCACAUACAUAUCUCUAUCAACGCAGUUUGAGUUGAGUUUGAGAAAAUGUUUUCCAGCCAUCAAAUUAAAAUUAGUCCUCAAUGGUUGAUUUCAGGUUUGCAUUUUAGUAAGAAUUACAUGAUAAAUCUGAUAAAUUGAAUAAAUGACACACAGUCAAGAAAUUCACAGUUACAGAACAACAAAUUCACAGUAACGGAAGCUUCAGUCAUACACAGAGAAACACAGCAGCACCACCCUCAGCUCUUUACUCACAUGUCCUGGAAUAACUGUGAAAGUAUUCAAGGGUAGGGUUUUCCUUUCAAACGAUGUUAGAUUUCCUAAAUGUCAUAAUGUGUUUGUGUGUAAUAUGUAAACAAUCAAUUUUAAGCUUUCCGUGUGGAUAUGAGAUGUAAUUCACCCUAUUUUUCUUUGACUGAAUUCCUAUUAUUAAAAAUUGUCUGCGCUUAAAUGUGUCCUGCUUAUAUUGAACCACAUUAAUAAAAAUGUUUAAAAUUUGA